AUGGACUCUUACAUGAUCCAGAGGAAUGGCAAUGGCAACCUCCCUUCAGUUCUGGAUGUACAUGUCAACAUCGGUGGGAGAAGCUCUGUGCCUGGAAAAAUGAAAGGCAGGAAGGCCAGAUGGUCCGUGAAGCCCUCGGACAUGUCCAACAAAACUUUCAAUCCCAUCCGAGCCAUUGUGGACAGCAUGACGGUGAAGCCAAAUCCAAACAAAACCAUGAUUGCUCUGUCAAUUGGGGACCCAACGGUGUUUGGAAACCUGCCUACAGACCCUGAAGUUACCCAAGCAAUGAAAGAUGCCCUGGACUCGGGGAAGUAUAACGGCUAUGCCCCAUCCAUUGGCUACCUAUCCAGUCGAGAGGAGGUUGCUUCUUAUCACCACUGUCCCGAGGCACCCUUGGAAGCUAAGGAUGUCAUUCUGACAAGUGGCUGCAGUCAAGCUAUUGAGCUUUGUUUAGCUGUGUUGGCAAACCCAGGGCAAAACAUCCUAGUUCCCAGACCCGGUUUCUCUCUCUACAGGACUUUGGCUGAAUCUAUGGGAAUUGAGGUCAAACUCUACAAUUUGUUGCCAGAGAAAUCUUGGGAAAUUGAUCUGAAACAACUGGAAUCUCUGAUUGAUGAAAAGACAGCUUGUCUCAUUGUCAAUAAUCCAUCAAACCCCUGUGGGUCAGUGUUCAGUAAAAGCCAUCUUCAGAAGAUUCUGGCGGUGGCUGCAAGGCAGUGUGUCCCCAUCUUAGCUGAUGAGAUCUAUGGAGACAUGGUGUUUUCGGAUGGCAAAUACGAGCCUCUGGCCACCCUCAGCACCCACGUUCCCAUCCUGUCUUGCGGAGGGCUGGCCAAGCGCUGGCUGGUUCCGGGCUGGAGGUUGGGCUGGAUCCUUAUCCAUGAUCGAAGAGACAUUUUUGGCAACGAGAUCCGGGAUGGGCUGGUGAAGCUGAGUCAGCGGAUCCUGGGGCCCUGCACUAUUGUCCAGGGAGCUCUGAAAAGCAUCCUGCGCCGCACGCCUCAACAGUUCUACCACAACACUCUAAGCUUCCUCAAGUCCAAUGCUGAUCUUUGCUACACGACAUUGGCUGCCAUCCCUGGACUCCGGCCGGUCCGCUCUUCUGGGGCCAUGUACCUGAUGGUUGAAAUUGAGAUGGAACAUUUCCCAGAAUUUGAGAAUGACGUGGAGUUCACAGAGCAGUUAGUUGCUGAGCAAUCCGUCCACUGCCUCCCAGCAACGUGCUUUGAGUACCCGAAUUUCUUCCGCGUGGUAAUCACAGUCCCUGAGGUGAUGAUGCUGGAGGCCUGUAGCCGGAUCCAGGAGUUCUGUGAGCUGCACUACCACUGUCCUGAAGGGAGCCAGGAGGAGUGUGACAAAUAGGCCUGCGUCCAUUCUCCUGAGGAUGGGGCCUGUCUGGGGACAGCUGGGCUGGGCACUGUUGCCCCUCGGGAAGUCAGAUGCUCCUACUGGGAGAGGGGCCUCAAAAACACCACACCAAGGGUUCAGAAUUGCUCCUGCUUUCCCCCAGCCUAUAUCCACAUUAUACACUCUGAAUCCUAGAUUCAACUCUGGCUCUGUUCUGCUGAAGUGACUCCCUAAUUCAAUAGUUUGCCACCUCCAUCCUCCCUGCCACUUGCCGAAUGACUUCCUCCCUUUUUUCCCUGAGGGGUUUUCCAGAAAGCAGCAGAGACAAGAAAAGUAAGACCUCA